AUGCAGGCACUACGAUCAGCACCGAGAGCGGCGUCUCAAUUCCGGUCAACGGGUCUACCCAGACUCCUAAGGGGAUAUGCCACGCAGAGGUCAUUCGAGCAUCUGCUUGUGUCGGAGGCUAAGCCUGGCGUUGGCUUGAUCCAAAUCAACCGCCCCAAGGCCCUCAAUGCCCUCUCCACCCCACUCAUCCUCGAGAUCAACCAAGCUCUCCGCGACUUCCAAGCCGAAAAGUCCAUCGGUGCCAUUGUCCUCACCGGCUCUGAAAAAGCCUUUGCAGCAGGUGCCGACAUCAAAGAAAUGAAGGACCUCACUUUCAGCGACGCAUAUGGUAAAGACUUUAUAGAAUCCUGGUCCGACCUCGUCACCUUCCUCAAGAAGCCUCUGAUCACGGCUGUGAACGGAUAUGCGCUGGGUGGAGGCUGCGAACUCGCCAUGAUGGGCGACAUCAUGUACGCAGGCCCCAAAGCCGUCUUCGGACAACCCGAGAUCAAACUAGGCGUCAUACCUGGUGCGGGUGGCUCACAGCGUCUGACCAAGGCGAUUGGAAAGUCGAGGGCUAUGGAGGUCAUUCUUACCGGCGACAACAUUACUGCGCAGCAGGCUAGCGAGUGGGGGCUUGUUAGCAAGGUGUUUGAGACGCCCGAGGAGUGUGUAAACGGUGCUAUUGCGACGGCGGAGAAGAUUGCGGGAUAUAGCCAGAUUGCUGUCAAGGCGGCCAAGGAGGUCGUGAAUAAGAGUCAGGAGCUGGGUAUUCGGGAGGGUGUCGAGUAUGAGAGAAGGGUUUUCCAUGGGCUGUUUGGAAGCGAGGAUCAGAAGAUUGGAAUGACGGCAUUUGCAGCAAAGGAGAAGGCCAACUGGGCAAACAAAUAG